AUGACUGAGAAGCAUCAGGGGAUGCCUGAGCCUGGGAAGUCACACCCGGGCGUGACUCGUUCCCUCCUCCUCUUCCAAGUGGCAGCCUUGGAACUGAGGUCCGUAGACCUGCAGAGCCCCAGGAACAACAAGGAGCACCACACGCAGGAGAUGGGCCUCAAGCGGCUUAUCUUGCGCCGUGGCCAGCUCUUCCACCUCCAGCUGAGCUUCAACCGACCCUUCCAGUCCCAGAGCGACAACGUCACCUUUGUGGCUGAGACCGGACCCGAACCCUCAGAGCUACUGGGGACCCGAGGCACGUUCUUACUCACCAAGGUCCAUCACGGCGAUGUCUGGAGUGCUUCUGAUUUCACUACUGACUCCAGCUCUCUCCAAGUCUCCCUUUUCACGCCAACCAAUGCAGUUAUCGGCCCUUACAGUCUGACGUUAGAGAUCUCUCAGGGCCAAGGUCACAGUGUGACUUACCCACUGGGGACUUUCAUCCUGCUUUUUAACCCUUGGAACGCAGAGGAUGACGUCUACCUGCCAAGUGAAAUACUACUGCAAGAGUAUAUAAUGAGGGAUUAUGGCUUUGUUUACAAGGGUCAUGAAAGAUUCAUCACCUCCUGGCCCUGGAACUAUGGGCAGUUUGAAGAGGACAUCAUAGAUAUCUGCUUUGAGAUUCUGAACAAGAGCCUGUACUACUUAAAGAACCCAUCCAAGGACUAUUCCCAGCGGAACAACGUGGUGUACGUGUGCAGGGUGGUGAGUGCCAUGAUCAACAGCAAUGAUGACAGCGGUGUGCUGCAGGGGAACUGGGGUGAAGACUACUCCAGGGGGAUCAGUCCGCUGGAGUGGAACGGCAGUGUGGCCAUCUUACGGCAGUGGUCGGCCAGGGGCGGGCAGCCUGUGAAGUAUGGACAGUGCUGGGUCUUUGCAUCUGUUAUGUGCACCGUAAUGAGAUGCUUAGGUGUUCCAACUCGUGUUGUUUCCAAUUUCCGUUCUGCACACAACGUGGAUAGAAACUUGACCAUCGACACUUACUAUGACCGAAAUGCAGAGAUGCUACCAACUCAGAAACGAGACAAAAUAUGGAACUUCCAUGUCUGGAACGAGUGCUGGAUGGUCCGGAAAGACCUCCCGCCAGGAUACAAUGGAUGGCAGGUCCUGGACCCCACUCCCCAGCAGACCAGCAGUGGACUGUUCUGCUGUGGCCCUGCCUCGGUGAAGGCUAUCAGGGAAGGGGAGAUUCACCUGCCCUAUGACACUCCUUUUGUGUAUGCCGAAGUGAAUGCUGAUGAAGUCAUUUGGCUCUUCGGGGAUGGCCAGGCCCAAGAAAUCCUGGCCCACAACACCAAUUCCAUAGGGAAGGAGAUCAGCACCAAGGUGGUAGGGUCAGACCAGCGCCAGAACAUCACCAGCUCCUACAAGUAUCCAGAAGGAUCCAUGGAGGAGCGAUCUGUAUUCAUGAAGGCUUCCCGGAAAACGCUGGGCCCCAAAAGAGCCUCUUCAACUUUCCUGGAUCUCCUAAGAUCUGGAGGUAUUGGGGAUCAACCAGUACGGCUGCAGCUUCAUCUGACCAGGACGCCUGAGUGGGGUCAGGACCUGCUGCUGAUGCUGCAUAUCCGGAGGGUGCCAGGCAGAACCCAUCCUCAGGGUUCCAUUGGGCUGGUGGUGCGCUUCUGUGCACAGGCCCUGCUGCAUGGAGGUGGCACCCGGGAGCCCCUCUGGAGGCACAUGGUGCAACUGAAUCUAGACUCUGGGAAGGAGACACAGUGGCCACUCCUACUGCCCUAUAGCAGUUACAGAAACAAGCUAACAGACGAAAAGCUGAUCCGUGUAUCUGGCAUUGCUGAGGUUGAAGAGACAGGGAGGUGCAUGCUGGUCCUAAAAGAUAUCUCUCUGGAGCCUCCCCACUUAACUAUUGAGGUAUCUGAGAGGGCUGAGGUGGGCAAGGCUCUGAGAGUCCACAUCACCCUCACCAAUACUUUGACGGUGGCUCUGAGCAGCUGCACGAUGGUGCUGGAGGGAAGUGGCCUCAUUGAUGGGCAGAUAGCAAAUGACCUUGGGACGCUCAUGGCCGGACACAGCGUCCAUAUUAAGAUGGAACUCUAUCCCAUCAAAACUGGACCCCGCCAGCUACAAGUCCUCAUCAGCUGCAACGAGGCCAAGGAGAUCAAGGGCUACAAGGACAUCCUCAUCACUGCAGCUGGAGCCUCCUGA